GCCAUGCCCUCUUUUACAGCUCUUCUGGACUCUAUUCCUACAACCAAACGCCCACAAGCUGCUGAAACUUGAGGGAAACCUGGCAACCUUUAUGAAUGACAUAGAUGAUGGGACCGAGUGCAUCCUCUGCAAGUUAGCUGAUGACACCAAGCUGAGCAGUGCAGUUGAUAUAGCAGAAGGAAGAAAUACCAUACAGAGGGACCUUGACAAACUUAAAAGCUACCUGAGCUCUUCAUACGUGAAAAAGUAUCGAAGCAGAUCUUUGACAGUAUUUGGAUGAAAGAAGAGACGGACAGAAGUCGUGGGAGAAUGAAAACUAAAGGUGUUGUGCUUUUUGCUUGUGUCAUCUUCAUGGUUUUCCUUAUAGUUGAAAUCGGGUGUGCUCCAAAGGGUAAAACCAUAGUGAGAAACUGGGGCCCACAAUCAAUUCUAUAUCUUAAAGGACGCUAUGGCAGGAGAUACACCUCUGAAAAGGAUGAACAGUAUUACAAGCUUAACCUGGAGGACUUCAGUGCAUUUUUUAAAAGUAAUUUCUGAAGAAAAGCAUGUAUAACUUGCAGGUGUAUUACCUAUAGCUAUGUCUCUGUUGAUUUCAAUCAUACCAAAAGCAAAACCCUUGAGGAGCCAGAUAUUUCUAACUCCAUGGAAUUUACAUUGCAGAGGUUCUGUUUCCUGGUUUGGUACACUGACUUAAAUUUAGGGAAAAGCAGAUGGAGGUCAGGAUUUUUCUAAGUGCUAAGAAUGAUUCUGUUCCUGCUGCCUUUUACAACUUGAGCUAAGCACACAGCACUUCCAUCUCUCCAAAACCACUGGUAUUCUAAGAAUUCAAAUACAAAAUUAAUUCAAAAACAAAACAAAAAGAAUACUGGUGGUCUUUCUGUAUAGAGUUGAGAAAAGGCCAGCAGCAUUUUAGUGCACCUUCACAGCCAAAAAGGAAAAAGACUACAGCAGGAAGACACCUGGGAAUAAGAAAAGAGAAAGAUGGAGAGUUUCACUCCAAGAUCUUCCUAGAAUGGUGAUUGUAAAAAUAAUAAUUACCAGAAAAUUAGUGGGAGAAACAAAGCUAUAGGAAGAAUGGGUUUUCCCGGCAACAGUUCAGCCAGCCAUAGAGAAUGAACACACCUUCAGUUUUAGUGAUUCAGAUCACAGUGAUACUGUUGGAAAGUUAAAGGAAAGUAGACAAGAAGUUAAAAAAAAAAAAAAAAAAAAAAAGCAAUUUCAUGCAUAGUUCAUGCAUAGGUAACCCUUUUCUCACCCUUGGGUUGUUGUGGAGAAAAAUGCCACAGUUCAGUUGGGCCUAUGAAGAAAAUUCAAGGUUAAGCUUUCAACACACUAUUACAGGACUAGCUAAGUGCAUACUUUCUAUAUGAGCAAGAAAAAUACUCCAGGCUUUUAAGACUGACAGAUAUGCAUCUGCAGCUGCUGUAGUACAGGUACAGGACUCAAAUCCAAUAUCUGAGGAUGUCAGAGAAAAGAUCUCAUCUUCAGUGCAGCUAGAAUGGUUUAUGAAAUUGAAUCAUAGGUACCAAACUUUGCUUCCUACAGAAUGUCCAGCCAAUAUAUAUGACUUUGUGGUCUUUUUCUUUAGGCUGUGUUCAACACCACUGAACAUUCUGAAAAUCAGAAGAUUUAAAGCCCAAAACAUGGGCAUUAGAUGUUUGGAAUAAAACAAAGCUUUUCUUUACUUGCUACAAACAUCUCAUCCUGAGAAACAAUAAUAAAAAUUGUAACUGAAUGUUAAUACUGCAAAUGUCACAGUGUAAGUCUCUUUAAGGAUGUGCAUGUGUUAUAUCAGCUUGUUCCAAGAGAAAUCUUCAUUAUACUUACAUUUGAAAGUUAAUAAAACUAAAUGCUUACUAACACAA